GAUAAAGUAGACAGAGGGCGCUUCUAAAAAAAAUGGCAGCCUCCAUGAGAGAGUCAACGUGAUAAUUGUAAAGACGGGAACACUGGACCAGGCGCUCUACAGCUAAAUUGAAAUGGGAAAAUCAAAAGCAGAAAACACAUUUAAGUUCCAAUCGUUCACAGAGAGGAUUGCAGGUGUUAACAUUGAUGUCAUCCACAAGAUCAGACAUCACGAUGACACCCCUGAUGAAACUUCAACAUAUUUCUGUGAGGCAUUACAAAAAUGGUCCGAGUUGAAUUGCACAGAACAUUUCACAAACUUUAGGAAAGAGAUAAGUGACCAAGUACAGACCUUUGCUCAGUUAGUCCAUCACAAGGAAGAAAUAAUAGCUGCUUUAAAGACACACUUGGCUAUUCCUGAUAGUUUGGCACUUGGACCCCUUCUGAACCUCUUGGUGCAGCUGGCUCGAGAUCUACAGACAGACUUUUACUGCUAUUUUCACGAUUUCUUUGACUUGCUGCUAAACCUACUUAGCAAAAAUGCUCAGGACCCUGAACUUCUAGAACAGAUUUUUUCAGCUCUGUCAUACAUAUUCAAGUUCCUGUGGCGUUACCUAGUCCGAGACAUCAAAGAUGUUUAUCAGUAUUUUUCCACUUUAUUGAGAAAGAAUAACAGAGAGUAUAUUGUCAACUUUGCUGCAGAAAGCUUUGCCUAUCUGAUGAGAAAGGUGAAAAAUCAUGGAGAGUUAUUUGAUUUUCUGUUCCUUACCUUGGAAGAAUCACCUGAGACUGCUGAGGGAGUGGGCCGUUUGUUGUUUGAGAUGGUCAAAGGCGUACAGAAACAGUUCCACAGCUGUACCCAGAAGACAUUCCCUAUAGUGCUGAAAAAACUGGAGGAGUGUCAAGAUGGAAAAUAUGAACAGCUGCCCUGGGACCAUGUAGAAUCAGCAGUCACUGAAAUGUUUGUAGCAAUGGCAAAACACACAGACAAAAAGAACUCAUCAGAGAUAUGGAAAGUGUUAAUUUCUGGAGUUGAUGAGGUACACAAGUGCUGGGAAAAAGCUGCUAAGAAAAACAAAGAGAAAAUCUCCACCCACUUGUUACGACUUUUACGAUUAAUGGGCAUGUGGAUAAACCACAAAGGAGGAAAGAUUAUAGCAGAGCCUGAAACUGUAGCACAGUGUUUACUGAGCAUGCUAAGGGGAGACCACCUGCCCGAGGCUGUAGGGGGACAGUUGCUGGAGGAUGUGUCCUCUCUGUUGGUGACCUGUACCACUGUCUUACCUGUGGAGACCACAGUCAAACUAGUCACCAGUGUUUUCAAAACUAAAUAUCCAGAAAGUCUGGUCUUCUCCUUUACCAGAGCUGUUCUUGACUUACCAAUAUUUGAGAAGGAUGUUUUGCCCUCCCUGCUGCCCUACUGUCACCAGGUGAUGAGUGGGAGGGACCAGGCCUCACAUGAACUCACCAUUCAUCUACUGACACAUGUCACUCAACAGAAAGCCCCGCCUCCCACUGAUGGCAGUGAGCUGGCUCAGCUGCAGGCAUACAUGAUGGAUUUCGGAGUAACCAAAAAGACUGGAGUUCCCAACCACAUCAUGUCUGCUUUGAAGACAGUGUCAGCAUCAGACAUAGUGAAGGGUGUCAGUGAUUUACCUGAUGUGUGGUCAGCAUUGGUUCUCUUACCCCAUGUCAGACCAAUACUGGACAAGAAAGAAGCCAUUCAGUGUGUUACUUCACUAUUUAUGAAUCUUUUAAAAAGUGUAUCAGCAGAUACCAAUGAGAUCUCCAAAGGUGAAAUUCUCCACAUCAUGUACCACUGCCUCCUGGCCUUGCUUUACAUGCAGGAGGAUGGGGAGAUGUUUGAAUGGAUUCCUCAGGCAGAAGUUGCUUCCCUUUUAAGCCAUUACCCUGAGAACAUCACAGUCCUGGAAAUGGCUGACCUGUACUUCACCCAGGCCUUACUAGAUGGCAGCACUAGUGUCACCUCUGAGGAGUCGCUGCUACAGGUGUACCAAUCGUUAGAGAAAAACCUGACCUCUCCCUUCUCCAAGGUCCGUAUGCUGACAUUAAGGAUCCUCUCCCAGUUCUCAUUCAGGCUGCCAGCUCAAGAGGAUGGGGAUCCCAACAGGCUGGAUGUAUUCAGGAUUUGCCUGGAGGCAGAGUUAGUUCCCUUGAAUGUUCAGGACUUCCGGAGAAAGCUGCUCUUUUUACAAAAGCUGCAGUUUGACAUUGUUCAGAAAUCCAUCCCUGUGGGGCCAUUUACUCUGGUUCCCCUGAGGUAUUUGAUUGGAGCUCUCCACAUAAAUUUCAAAUUACUAUGGGAACCCCUGACCAAACUUAUCGCCAGCCAUGCUGCUGGUCUGGAUAAGACUGUGUUCUGGGAACUAUACAGACAGACCCUGCAAGAUGCAGCACACAAAUGUGAGGAGGCUAUUUACCAAACAGAAAACAAGCCCAACCCAGAGGAGGAGGAGGAGUCAAUGGAGGAAGAUGACAGUUUAAGACAGCUUUUUGUUGAGAGCUAUAGAUCACAUGACACAGCUGAGAAACCAGAUGAAGUUAACUUUAGGUUCUAUCUGUGGAAGUCCAUGCGUCUGUUUCCUGAGCUGUGUGAGAAGAAAAACAGAGAUGUGGUGCCUUUGUUCUUUGACUUCAUAAGCAAAGAAUACUACAAUGUAGAUCUGUCAGCGGCUCCCACACAGAACAUACUGAAAAAAGAAACACAGGUGUCAGCUGAGGCUGAGGAGGAGGAGGAGGUUGAAGAAGAGGAAGAUGAGGAAGAAGACCAUGUGUUAACCAGAACCGAGAGUAAGAAGAAGGAGGAGGAGAAGAUAGAGAGGAAAAGGAAAAAGUCAGAGUCCAAGUCAGAAUUGGAAGAAGAUAUUGAUGAAGGCCACAAGAAGGGAGGAAAACAAAAGAAAGGAAGGUUGCAGGGGAAGAUGGUGAAACCAGGGAAGUCAGAUGGCUCCAGACUUAAAAGCAGAGCUGCAACUAGUGGUUUGUUGGUUCAUCUGGAGCUGUUCAGUAAAUUCACCAGUCCCAAGUCCCUGUACAGAGAAGCUGAACUACGACAGCUGUAUGAACAGCUGCUGCUCCACAAGAAUGGCAAGGUACAGAGAGUGGCCUUCAGUUGUAUCAUGACUUAUAAGCACAGAUACCUAGUACCAUACAGGGAGAAUUUUGAGAACUUGCUGGAUGAUGCCAAGUUUAAGACAGAGAUUGUGUUGUUCAGCAUUGACCAUGAGAACAGCAUCAUCAGUACAGAACACAGGGAGCAGGUGCUGCCCAUACUGAUGAGGAUAUUGUAUGGGAAGAUGCACAGUAAGACAGGGAAGGACUCAGCGGGAAAAUCCAACAGUCAGUUCCGGAGAUCCAUCGUGUUCCGAUUCCUGAACGGCUGCAGCGGAGACGAAAUCAUCAAGUUUAUGGAAAUGGUGUUUGAGAACUUCAAGCAUUUUGUCACAGAUGAUAUUUUGGCUAUGGUAUGCAAAACAGAAAAAGAACUGGAUCUGUCAAAAAUGAUUCCACUGAGAAAAAUGACAGGGGCUUUGAAUACAGUGGACAUGAUUGUAAAGAAACUAGGUCACCUGAUAGAGGGUUACCUCCCCUCCCUGGAGUGUAUCCUGUUGGGACUGACCGCGACCUGUGUGGCCUGUCUGGAGAGGAGAGAGGAGGUGACCCCCGGGGCCCUCAAACCCCUCAAGAACCUCCGACAGCUGUGUAUAGCCCAGAUACAGCAGUUCUAUGACAUCUUUGACUCCUACAAGUUCUCUCCCAAGGAGAUCGAUGCCAUGUUCCAUGUGGCUGUUUGGCCACAGUUGUCAAAGCUGCAGUUUGAAGGCAUCUACCAUCCCACACCCCUCCUAAAGCUCCUGCAUAUGUGUGCAACAAACAGAAGGUAUUGGACAUUGUUGGCAAAAUGCCAUGAUUCUGACAUGACCUUGACCCCAAUAAGUGCAGUGUUGAGACUCCUUAAUGCCAAGGAUGUCAGCAAGACUGUGACAGAUUUUAUCAUUGUCAUGUUAGAUAACCUGUUGUCUAGAGAGGAGGAUGAGGAAAUGGAGAGUAUCACCACGGCAACACCGGUCAAGGUCAACAAGAUGAUGCAUAUCAGUGUUUUGGAAGUAGAACAAUUUGGAGUGGAGCUCCUUAAACCCCAUGUAUCAGACAUACUGACUUAUAUACAGAGGGCGAUCAAAAACAUCAAAGGACAAGGCAAGAAGUCACAGGCUGCUGGCAAAGAGUUAUCUAUCUUGUCUAGAAUCAGCGAGUUUGUGACUGACCAAUCAGCUUGCCUGUCACUGAUUGAACUCCUCCUGCCAUUUUUGGGGGAAGGGCUUAGUCGAACACCGGACACGGAGAUCAACAUUCUGAACAGCAUCAGGAACCUGCUUGAGAAAGUGGAGGACAAAAAGAAGUUCUACAGACAUAUUAGCAAGCUGUUUGGGUACAUACAGAAUCGUCAGUCAAGAAUUCUUAUCUGUCAACUGAUUCAGGUCAUUGCCAAUAGUAACCAGGAUUUGAAGGAUAUCUCUCAACUUCUAACAGAGAUGAAUGCUUGGGAUCCUAAGCACACGGAGGAGCCAGACUACAUUAAGAGACUGAACGCUCACAAGAAAGUCAACGAAGCGAUAAAAAAGAUGGAGGAAAAACUAGAUGUGGACUUCUUGAUUCCUGUGCUCCACUCCUGCUGCUACUGCAUAAAAAUGGUUGAUGAUAUGUCGCUAAGAGACAACGCCACCCACACACUGGUUACCAUGGUGAAGCAGUUCAGUGUUGUGACGUAUGACCAGGACGACUUCAGAGAACUUAUAUCAAACGGAUUGGUCCAGGAGGUCAAAGCAGGUUUUAAGAACAAAAAAGAGACUGUGCGCCAUGAGUUCAUCGCCCUUCUUUCCGUUCUGGUGGACACCUUCCCAUCACAUGACAUGUUCGCUGACCUUGUGGUUCUCAAGGACAAAGAUGUGGAGGCCGACUUCUUUGAAAACAUCAGGCACAUUCAGACACACAGACGCUCCAGGGCGUUGAAGAAGAUGAAGCGGAUCCUGUACUCCCGGUCGGUCCGUAAGGAGAUCCUGGUCUCCUACCUCCUCCCCCUCACCUCCUCCUUCCUCCUGGAUGAGACGUACACCAAGGCCCAGGGGCUACAGGAGAGUGCCAUUGACUCCAUGGCGACGCUCUGUAAACAGCUGCCAUGGCACGUUUACAUCCACCAGCUCGACUACUUCCUGUCCAUGCUGUCCAAGAAGUUCGAGAAGAAGAAACUCCUGGUCAGGGUUAUUGUUGGAAUUCUGGAUGCCUUCCACUUUGAUUUACGAAACUCCCAGCAUGCAGUUGUCAAUCUACCAGACGCCAUUGCCAAGAAGAAAGCCAAAGGAGAAAUAACAGAAGAGCCAAACCCUCUUGAAGACACUGAAAUGGAAUCUACAAAAGAGGAGGCAAUUCCAAUGGUUCCAGAGGAGGAGGAUGAAACUACGGCGACGACCCCUGACCCCUUAUCCAAGCAGCCAGACAGAAUGGUGAUCUGUUCUGUGGGCCAGGCCACCAGAAUUCACUGUACCAUCAUGAAAUCUGUCAUCCCUCAUCUACAGCGAUCCCUAACCAAAAAAGAGAAGAGCGAGGAUGAGCACAAGUUGGUGAGGAAGAACAUCGCUGAGGACAGCGAGGUACUGAGGGUCCCCAUCGCUCUGGCCAUGAUCAAGCUUCUCCAGAACCUCCCACACAAGUCUCUGGAGCACAACCUGCCAGGGAUCCUGUUGAAGGUGUGCAACUUCCUGAAGUCUCGAGCGGUGGAGAUCCGGAACACCGCCCGAGACACACUGGUCCAGAUCACCACCUCCCUGGGUCCUCGCUUCUUCCCCUUCAUCCUGUCCGAACUCAGGGGCACCCUCAGGAAGGGAUACCAGGUGCACGUUCUGUGCUACACAGUGUUUGUGCUGCUGAAGAAUCUGUUGCCCGUCCUAAAGCCAGGGGAUCUGUCUGUCUGCAGGAAGAGCUUGCAAGAUGUAUUCCAUGAGGACUUGUUUGGACAGGUCGCAGAAGAGAAGGAGGUGGCCGGGGUGACCACCAAACUGUUUGAGGCGCGGUCCUCCAAGAGCUACGACUCGUACAGAAUCCUGGCCCAAGUCAUCAGCAGAGAUUCCCUCAUGGCAUUCAUUACUCCAUUGAAAGAGGUGCUGGUUUCUACACACAGUCACACCAUUGCCAGGAAAGUCCAGGAAGUUCUCAAGAAGGUGGUAACUGGCUUGCUGGACAACCCCGGGCUGGACACAGAGUCCCUGAUGAUAUUUACCCACGGUCUGAUCACACAGUCCUUCCCGCAGCUCUCCGAAAAUCAGAGCAAGAAAAACAAGGGUGAGGACAAAGACACUCAGACUUUCCGGCCCCAGAGCUGUCUACUGUUACCCCAUGAACCGAAGCGAGGUGGAGACAAACCCAAGCUGAGCAAGAAGACCAACAUCCACGUACUGGUGGAGUUUGGUCUCCAGCUGAUGAGUCUGUGUCUGAGGAGGGGCCGCCUGGUGGCAACCGAAGAGGAGCACCGCAAACUGGUGGACCCCUUCAUCACCAUCCUAGCCGACUGUCUGUUUGCCAAGCACAUCAGGAUAAACACACUGAGUCUGCGAUGCCUGUGCUGGCUACUGAAGUUUGACCUGCCCUCUGUCAACAGCCACAUCACCAAGCUGGCUAAUGGCAUGUUCAUCCUGCUCAAAAACUACGCCUCAGCUGGGGCCUCCAAGGGGGAGAACCUGGAGCUCAUUUCUAUGGCAUUCAAGGCAGUGACAGUGCUGGUCCGGGAUGUGAAGAUCUACAAACUGGAGCAGACACAAUUACAGGUUCUGCUGACCUUCUGUGAAGAGGACUUGUACGACUACAACAGACAGAGCACUGCAUUCUCCCUGCUAAAGGCCAUUCUGUCUCGGAAGUUGAACGUUCCCGAGGUGUUGGAGCUGAUCAGGAAGGUGGAGGACAUGUCAAUCACCGCCGACUCCCCCCACGUCAGGAGAGAGUGCAGACAGAUAGCUCUGCAGUACAUUCUAGAAUACCCCUUGGGAAAGCUGCUGAAUAAACACUUGGAGUACUACGUCACACAGCUGUCGUAUGAAAUGGAGAUGGGCAGGGAAUCAGCCUUAGAAAUGUUGGCUACCAUAUUUUCCUCUUUUCCUCAGAACAUUUUGAAUGACCAUGCAGGGAUGUUCUUUAUCCCUAUGUCAGCUGCCCUAGUCAAUGAUGAGUCAACUAAAUGUAGAAAACUGACUGCAUUGGCCAUCAAGUCUCUUUUACAAAAGAUUGACCAUAACUCGAGGGUUGAACUUUUCAACAUUACACAGAAAUGGUUUACUGAUGACAAGAUAAACCAUCGCAUCCUUGCUGCUCAGUUGACUGGUCUAUUUAUAGAAGUGGAGUCAGCCAAGUUCUCACACCAUUUAUCUGUGAUAUUACCCAUAAUUCAACAGCAAAUAGACCCAGGCAGAUAUUCAGAUAAUUCUGGGGGUUCUGAGGGGGAGACAGAGAAGGACAGGCUCCUGUUCAACUGUCUGAACACGCUGCUCAAGUUACUGAGGGAGUGUGACCUCAUCAGGGACGCAAAGUGGACUGAUGACAUGAACCUUAUCUGGGAGAGUAUCAUCAGUCACUUGGGAUAUGAACAUAUGUGGGUACAGUUGGCAUCAUGCCAGCUGAUAGGUCUGCUAUUUGCUGCAUGGACUCCAGAGGAAAUCCUACAGCCAGUAGAAAAAUCUGGUCAGACGGACUUCAUUAAAACAGAUUCCAUCAAUAAGCUUGAAAGUUUGGCAUUGGACCUUAUAACACAGUUGCAAUCCAAAUAUCUGACAGAUGAACUGGCCAAUCAAAUCAUCAAAAACAUGGUGUUCAUUGCCAAGGUAGCCAAGCUCCUCAGUGACAUAGAGAGUUCAAGUGACUCUGUGGAGCAGAAAGGACAGAGGGGUUCCAAGGGCAAAAAAUGUUUGUCGUUAAGAUGGCUGGUCAAGAAAAUGGUCCGAGAAGCAAAUCAUGAAGCUGUCAACCAACCCAAAACUACCAUCAAGAGGUCCAGUGUGUUUAAGUGGAUCGCGGCCCUCAGUAUGGACCUAGGCCCCACACUACUGCCCUCUGUUGUUCCUAUAGUGAUGCCCGCCUUACAAAGGGAGACAAAUGAGAAUAACCCAAACACAGAUUCAGCUCUUAAGAGUCUGGCUCAAGAGGUCUUAGACAUCAUGAGGAAGAUUCUAGGCGUUGAAACAUACACUCAGCUGUUCGCCAAAACCCACAAAGAGCAGUACGACCGGAAGGAAAGCAGGAAAAGAAAGGAUGCUGUGGAGGCUGUUUCAAAUCCUCAAUAUGCUGCCAAAAAGAAAAUGAAGAAAAAUUUGGCCAAAAGGGAAGCCAAAAAGAGAAAGCUAGAGGAGUUCCGAGUGUCAAAGAAAAUUAAGAAACGCAAAGUGAAAGACAUGGCUUUUACGUCUUGAUAGACAUUUGUUUUAAUGUGAUAUCCUAAUCCUCUAUGCAGCUUAAGAUGGUAUUGGGACAACUCCAUAUUGUGACGUACCGGGUAUUUUCUAUCAAAUUAAACAAUAAAUUCAAGUAUAAUUUUAUGAAUAUUUUCUCUCCCAAAAUUGUUACCUAACAGCUAGCGGAAUUGGUUAGAGUGUUCAUUACAAAAAAGUCCUGAGUUCGAAUCCCGCUGGGGUUUUUAGCUCACCUGAGCCAAAGGCUCAAGUGAGCUUUUCUGAUCACAAUUUGUCCGUUGUCUGUCGUUGUCGUUGUCGUAGUCGUUGUCGUCGUCGUUAACUUUUCACAUUUUCAUCUUCUUCUCAAGAACCACAGGGCAGAUUUCAACUAAAUUUGGCACAAAGCACCACUAGGUGAAGGGGAUUCAAGUUUGUUCAAAUGAAGGGCCACGCCCUCUUUAAAGGGGAGAUAAUUGAGAAUUAUUGAAAAUUUGUUGGUAUUUUUCAAAAAUCUUCUUUUCAAAAACUAUUUGGCCUGAAAAGCUAAAACUUGUGUGGAGGCAUCCUCAGGUAGUGUAGAUUCAAGUUUGUUCAAAUCAUGGUCCCCGGGGGUAGGGAGGGGCCACAAGAAGGGGAUCAAGUUUUACAUAGGAAUAUAUAGAGAAAAUCUUUAAAAAUCUUCUUCUCAAAAACUAUUAGGCCAGAAAAGCUCAAAUUUAAAUGGAAGCAUCCUCAGGAAGUGUAGAUUCAAAAUCGUUCAAAUCAUGGUCCCCGGAGGUAGGGUGAGGCCACAGUGGGGGGAUGAAUUUUUACAUAGGAAUAUAUAGAGAAAAUCUUUAAAAAUCUUCUUCUCAAAAACUAUUGGGCCAGAAAAGCUCAAAUUAAAAUGGGAGCAUCCACAGGUAGUGUAGAUUCAAAUUUGUUCAAAUCAUGGUCCCCGGGGGUAGGGUGGGGCCACAAUUGGGGGAUUAAGUUUUACAUAGGAAUAUAUAAAGAAAUCUUUAAAAAUCUUCUUCUCAAAAACUAUUAGGCCAGGAAAGCUCAAAUUUGAGUGGAAGCAUCCUCAGAUAGUGUAGAUUCAAGUUCGUUCAAAUCAUGGCCCCCGCGGGGUAGGGUGGGGCCACAAUAGGGGGAUGAAUUUUUACAUAGCAAUAUAUAGAGAAAAUCUUUAAAAAUCUUCUUCCAAAAAACUAUUAGGCCAAAAAAGCUCAAAUUAUAAUGGAAUCAUCUUCAGGUAGUGUAGAUUCAAGCUCAUUCAAAUCAUGGUGCCCGGGGGUAGGGUGGGGCAAAAAUGGGGGGAUCAAGUUUUACAUUGGAAUAUAUAGAGAAAAUCUAUAAAAAUCUUCUCCUCAAAAACAAUUAGGCCAGAAAAGAUCAAAUUAAAAUGGAAGCAUCCUCAGGUAGUGUAGAUUCAAGUUUGUUCAAAUCAUAGUCCCUUGGUGUAGGGCGGGGCCACAACGGGGGGAUCAAGUUUUACAUAGGAAUAUAUAGAGAAAAUCUUCUUCUCAAAAACUAUUAGGCCAGAAAGCUCAAAUUUGAAUGGAAGCAUCCUCAGGUAGUGUAGAUUCAAGUUUGUUCAAAUCAUGGUCCCUGGGGGUAAGGUGGGGCCACAAUUGGGGGAUCAAGUUUUACAUAGGAAUAUAUAGAGAAAAUCUUUAAAAAUCUUCUUCUCAAAAACUAUAUGACCAAGAAAGCUCAAAUUGGCGGGUAUUAACCAUCCUCAGAUAAUGUAGAUUCAAGUUUAUUCAAAUCAUGGUCCCUGAGGGUAGGGCGGGGCCACAAUGGGGGAUAUAUUUUUAUACAUAAAGAAAAUCUCUAAAAAAAUCUUCUUCUCAAAACUAUUAGGCCAGGAAAGCCCAAAUCUGAGUGGAAGCAUUUCCAAAUCGUAUAGAUUCAAGUUUGUUAAAAUAAUAGUCCAGUGGUAUGGUGAGGCCACAGUGGGGGAUGAAUUUUUACAUAGGUAUAUAUAGAGAAAAUCUUUAAAAAUCUUCUUUUUAAAGACCAUUUGGCCAGAAAAGCUUUAACUUGUGUAGAGGCAUCCUCGGGUAUUGUAAAUUCAAAAUCAGAGUCCCUAGUGGUAGGGCGGGGCCGUGAUGGCAGUUUGAAUUUUUACAUAUACAAUGUAUAGAGAAAAUCUUUAAAAAUAUUCUGGGAAAGUUUUUCGGUCCAAAACUCAGUACUUAGUGUGAAAGCACAGGUUAUGCAGAUAUAAGUUUGGUGAAACCAUGGUGAAACCAUGAUACCCUAGAGAAAAGUGGGGCAACAAAAUGGGGGGGGGGUAUAUAGGAAAAGAGAAAAAUCAUCUUACAGGUACAACAAGAAAAGGGGCUUGGUAUUUACCAAAAGAAAGAGGUGGAUAAAAAUUGGCAGAUUUUCAAUUUUUUUAGCAAGAUCUACUGUACUUAGUUAAGAUAUUUUGAUACUGUAAUGCUAAUUUGAUCAGAAUUAAGGCAAUUGUUGCUCAGGUGAGCGAUGUGGCCCCUGGGCCUCUUGUUAUAGUUUUUACCAUAAUUUCCUAAAUAUUUUUUUGUCAAAUAUUGUAAAAUUUGAAUAUUUUUAACCAGUGAGAGUAUUUUGAUUGAUAUAAUGUACUUUUACCCAUCGACGGAUGUCCCAUAUCACCUUAUGAAUAAGUUCAUUCAUAUUAAGUACAAAAUUUUAAUACAAAUCUUGAACAUGUAUAUGUUUAUUGUAUAUGAGAUACAUACUCUUCAGUUUACUUGAAUGUGUUGUUUGUUACUUGGCUGCUAUGUUAUUUCAAUGACUUUGUUUAAAGCUACAAUGAUUUUAUUGUUAUGAAUACUUGACAAAGUAAUACAUAAUAAAAGACUGAUAUUUU